AUGACGACAAAAGAAGCAAACGAAAUACAAGAAGUAGAUUAUCUCGAUAAACGUCGAGCAGCUCUUGAAGAAAUUGAUAAUGCAAAGUUCGGUUGGUUUCAUAUUCGUGCGUGCUUGGUGGCCGGUACUGGAUUCUUCAUGGAUGCAUAUGAUAUAUUCGCAGUCAAUUUCGCCUCUGCUAUGCUUGGAUAUGUCUAUUUUGCCAAUCAAAACAAUACGGUGCCAAAUAAUAUCGAUUUAGGUUUAAAGGUGUCAGCUUCUAUUGGGACUCUAUUAGGCCAAUUGAUAUUUGGCUGGAUGGCAGAUAGACUCGGAAGAAAGAGGAUGUACGGAAUCGAAUUGAUGAUUAUCAUUGUCGCAACGUUAGGCUCUUCUGUGUCCGGUGAUGGUUACGCAGUUACUGUAUGCGGUACCAUCAUGUUUUGGCGCGUAAUUUUAGGGUUCGGUAUUGGCGGUGACUAUCCCCUAUCGGCAAUCAUUACAUCGGAAUUCGCCAACAAAAAAAACAGAGGUGCGAUGAUGGCUGCAGUAUUCGCGAUGCAGGGAUUCGGGAUAUUAUCCGCAGCUAUCGUGGCACUUAUCGUAGUGGCUUCUUUUAAGAAUCGUAUUCAAGAUGAU